AUGCCGAGAGAGGUGCUGUGGAGAUGUUUGGAGGCUAGAGGCAUUCCUGUUGCAUACAUUAGGGCUAUUAAGGACAUGUACGAGGGUGCUAAGACUCGGGUGAGGACAGUGGGAGGGGGCUCGAAACACUUCCCAAUUGUGAUGGGGCUAUAUCAGGGGUCUGCCGUCAGCUCAUUCCUAUGUUUGGAGACAGACUUUGGAGUCGAAAGGUUUCAAGUUGAGCGGACCAAAAUAGAAUACUUGGAGUGCAAGUUCAGUUGCGCGACUCAGGUAGAGGACGAAGACGUGAGGCUUGAUACACAAGUCAUCCCUAAGAGAGAAAGUUUCAAGUACUUUGGAUCUAUUAUACAAGGGAAUGGGAAGACCGACGAGGAUGUCACACACCUUAUUGGAGCGGAAUGGUUGAAAUGGAGGCUCGCUUCUAGUGUUUUGUGUGAUAAGAAUGUGCCACCAAUACUUAAAGGUUAG